CUCUUGUUUUUAAGAUAAAAAGGCUUCUCGCCUCUUUAUUUCUCUUUUGCCUCGCGACGCAGCCGCAAACCGGACGACUUUAAGAUGCCGUCGCACAAGUCGUUUAUGAUCAAGAAGAAACUUGCGAAGAAGAUGAGACAGAACAGGCCUAUUCCUCACUGGAUUCGUCUCCGUACCGACAACACCAUCAGGUACAAUGCCAAGCGCAGGCACUGGCGUAGAACCAAGCUCGGCUUCUAGGUGAAAGUGAUAAUGCUAUCUACGAGAUUGUUCUUUUCUUUUCUUUUGGGAUUAUGAUUUUCUCAAGUUUUGGAAUUUUAAGCUGUGACAUUUUAAUAUCUAUGUAAGACUUUACACUAUUUUGAGUGAUGUUACCAAAUAUCCUAUGCCAAGAGCUACAUCAUAUCAUUUUGUGUGA